UAAUUUAUAAUAUAUUAUAUUAUUAUUGAUUUAUUCAUAUUAUUUAAUAUUUAAGGCAUUUUAGAUUAGAUUACAGUUCUUCACAGGAGAUCUUCGAUCAUUUUCCUUGGUGGAGUUGUGUUCUUUCCGUUCGAUCGUUAACUCUAACUCCUCUUCCAAAGAAGAGCAAGCAAAAGUCCAGCAUGAACUGAAUUUCGAUUAUCUGUAAUCUUAGAAAUAUUGAAUGAGAAUCCUGUAGAUGGCAGAUAAUAAAGAAGGAAAUGUAACUGCUGCUAGAGGAAAUGACUGGGAAGUUGUAUCACUCACUGCAUCAGCAUAUGCUGCUGGUUCUAGUUCCGAACAAAUUUAUUCAAGCCAUGAUAGCCAGAGGAAUUUAGUUGGGGAGCAUGAGGCUGAAACUUCAAGCGCUAUGUUUAUGUCUGGACACUUUGUUUUUCCUCCUAGUCAGCAUGAGAAUUUGCCAUUGGAACCUGAAUACAAUGAGAUACACAAUGAAAAGGGAAGUGAAGAUGAUGUAUCUCAGUUGGUUAAAGAGGAAAGAGUUAAAUCAGACGUGGAGCAUAAAGUAAAUAUACAUAUCAAAGGGCUGAUGUCUAAUGAAUUUCCUGGAAUUCAGAUUUUUGAUGAAAAAGGUAACAUAGUAUCCGUUAGUGGUGCGGACUUUGGAGGAGAUGCAACUCUUGAUGAAAUGCAGAGUGUUUAUGGAACUGCAGAGUUUAGUCCGUUACAUUGUGAAACAACCAUGGGCAAGUCUAGUAAUAUCAAGGAGGGUGAGGGGACUGACUAUUCAAUUGAACCUCUUGAACAUGCCUUGGGUUCAGGCUUGCCAAAUUUCCAGAAGCCUGUUGAGGGAGACAAGUGUGAUGGUGCUGCCCUUCCUUGUGAAGCAUGGUGGAAAAGACAGGCUUUCUCUCUAUAUACCCAUGCAAAAGAGGCGAAUACAGUUUGGUCUAUUUUUGUUGCUGCAGCUGUUAUGGGGCUUGUUAUUAUUGGUCAGAGGUGGCAGGUUUUGCACCUGAAGUGGCAGUUUGGUAUUAGUGAUGAGAGGAUGGGCAGGCUACUCGGUCCCAUAUCCCGGUUUAAAGAUGUGAUUGUUGGUGGCCACCGACGGGGUUCAUUGGUCAGAGGAAGCACCUCUGCCGAACUAUAAGAUGAUGAUUAGCAGUUUCUGAAGCGGGGAAGAGCUGGCUUUUGUGCAUGUGAUGUACUACUUUGUGUCUCAAAUUUGAAUUUAGUUCUACUGUGCUUGUUAAUAUAGUCUUAUUUUACGAGGGGUCUACUAAAGCAAUGGUGUUAAGUAACUUGAGAAUUGGGUAGGCAAUCACAUUGGUCUCCUAUGCUGUAAUGUUUUACUUGUAGUAUGUGCUCUUUUUGCUUCAAUUUCACUUCAUAUGGAAGAAAUUAUGUGGAUUGCUCUC